AUGGCACUGACUGCUCCUUCGUCUUCGUCCGCACCUUCGAAGCGCACAAAGCCCCCUCGUAGGCUCAUGAUGGAGAAGAAAGCCGCCAUCAUUAAACAAGUCCAAAGCGCUCGGUCGCAGACAGAGGUGGGGAGGGAGUUCGGAAUUUCGAAGCAAACUGUAUUGGACUUCAUCAAAAACAAGGCAAAGAUCUUGGAAGUGGCUGCCAAAUCAACCGGGGCUAAAAAGAAGAAUGCGAGUCACGGUGUUUACCUGCAGCUCGAGGAAGCGCUCCUCGUGUGGCUCAGUGCCAUGAUCGCUAAGAAAAUCCCGGUGUCAGGCAAAAUCCUGAAGCAGAAGGCGGAGGUUUUCGCGCUUCAGAUGAACGUGAAGGACUUCAAGUUCAGCGACGGAUGGCUUCGAAAUUUCAAGAGCUGCAAUGACUUGAAGUUCAAGAAGAUGUGCGGAGAAAGCGGCGCCGUCGACGAUUCCGUUGUCGCCGAAUAUCGGGAUGGAAAGCUGCAGUCCUUGCUUCAGCAGUUUCCACCUAAUGAUAUUUUCAACUGCGACGAAACUGGACUGUUUUACAAGCUGCUGCCAGAGAAAACGCUUGCAUUUGCUGGUGACCCCUGCCACGGCGGCAAGCACAGCAAGGAGCGGCUCACUGUCCUCGUUGGCAGCAACAUGUCAGGCAGCGAGAAGCUUCCGUUACUUGUAAUAGGCAAGUCGAAGCAUCCAAGAUGUUUCAAGGGGGCAGUAACUCUGCCUGUUCUCUAUGAAGCUAACAAGAAGGCGUGGGUAACGCAGCAGCUAUUCGAAGCGUACGUGCGCAAGCUGGACAGAAGGUUCGAGCAGCAAAAUCGAAGAAUUCUGCUGUUUGUGGAUAACUGCGCUGCGCAUGGCCACAUCAAGGACCUAAAGGCUGUACAGAUUGAAUUUCUGCCGCCGAACACCACAGCAAUCCUGCAGCCGAUGGACCAAGGCGCGAUUCGUAACUUGAAGCAUCAUUACAAAUCACGCGUGCUCAGCCGCAUGGUGCUCUGCUCCGACAGCGGGAAAAGCUACGCUGUCAACCUCAGGUCUGCCGUCGGCAUGCUAGCGGAAUCGUGGAAGGCGGUUACGCAAGAGACUCUGCGGAACUGUUUUCGCCACGCGGGCUUCACACUCGACGCCGAGACGGCUGUCUCUCCCCAAGUGGACAGCCCAAGCCCGAAGUGGGUGGGCGUCAACCUUCAGACGCCGGAGCCGUUCGACUUCGGCAACGCGGGGACCUCGCCGACGUGGAAAAGUCGCUUCGAGGACUACGCAGCCAUCUCGGGUCUCAAAAAUGCACCGGAGGAAACACAGGCCCCUGAGGCAUCACUUCAAGCUGACUUGUUCCGCGGACUUGGCACUCUCAAGGAGGAAUAUCGAAUCCGCUUGAAGCCUGGUGCUACACCAUUUUCCCUCAGCGUGCCUUGUCGCAUUCCCAUUCCGCUACACGAAACCGUGAGGCGCGAGCUCAACAAGCUCGAAAGUGACGGAGUGAUUCGCCGCGUCGACAAUCCAACGCCGUGGUGUUCUGGACUGGUAGUGUUCCUAAAGCGUCAGGAGAUUACCGCCUUUGUGUUGACUUAA